GCCCAUGCGCGUCACUGCCCUCUGUCCUCUGUUUCACAUAGCAGAGCUGUAGCAACGCAAGAGCGAGGCAGAAAUCGUGGAUUUUAAUAAACUUAAAAUUAUAAUUAACGUUAUAAAAUUGGCAGAUUGAAAAUGGCUGGAACUCUAGCACGUAAAGCUGUUGAUCAUCUCCGCAGUAAAGAGUUCAGAGAAUAUCUUAUGAGGUCACAUUUCUGGGGUCCAGUGGCAAACUGGGGUCUGCCUAUUGCUGCCAUCGCUGAUAUGAAGAAGAGUCCAGAAAUUAUCAGCGGCAGAAUGACCUUCGCUCUCACCUGCUAUUCGCUGCUGUUCAUGAGGUUUGCCUACAAGGUCCAGCCCCGAAACUGGCUUCUGUUUGCCUGUCACUUAACCAAUGAAACGGCACAGCUCAUUCAGGGCAGCAGACUUAUGAAAUACAACAUGGAAAAGAAGAUGGCCAAGUAGACUGUGCCUUUAUGAAGAUCAGUCAAUCUGUAUCAUCGUAUGUUUUGCCUACAUCUGACAGAUUUUAACAUAAACCAACCAUGUUUUUCUUGUAUAGAUUAUAUUGAUAAAGUUGAUUUCAUGUAAAUCUUCUCACAGAUUCUGUAUCUGUUACAUGCAUAACUGUUAACUCAUACAGUGAGUUCAGAAAGUUUGUGAUUUAGAUUUAUUAGAUUAAUUUAUUUCUGGACUACAAUGCAAUGCACUGUGUAUGUUUAAAUAAAAAUUAAUGUACUAGUGUUAAA